AUCUCUUGGGAUUGGGUGUCUUCUUCUUCUUCUUCUCUCUUUUUGUCUUCCACUGUUCGAAGUUCUUCUCUUUUCCUGUGUGUUCCCUGAUUCAGCCGCAUCCACAAUCUCUCUCUUUUGUAGGGUUCUCUCUCAGGGAAACUCGUUUUCAGACAAAACAUCAAAAAACCGUAUGAUACUUACUGUAAUAACAGCAUUUUGAUUACAAAAAAAAAAAAAAACAAAAUCACAUGGCAGUUUAUUACCCAACUAGUACUGUCGGCAUGCAAUCUCUCUACCAAGAACCCAUCUACCUCAACGAACAAGCUUCCUCUUCCUCCGCCGGCGCCGGAGCAAACUGUCUCGAAAUCCCAAACUCCGUACCAAACGAGAUGGUUUUCAUCCCACCAACGAGCGACACAUCUCUCAACGGAAACGUAACGGUCUCAAGCAACGAUCUAAGCUUCCAUGGCGGUGGACUCUCCUUAAGCCUCGGUAACCAGAUCCAAUACCAUUACCAGAACCUCUCGAACCAGUUGAGUUACAAUGAAGAGAAUGGGAAGAGUCAUCAUCAUCAACAUCAUCAUCAAGUUCCUUCCUUUGGAUUCUACAACAAUGGGUUUGUAAGCAGCGUUCUAAGAUCUCGUUACCUUAAACCAACACAACAGUUGCUAGAUGAAGUUGUUAGCGUCAAGAAGACCAAGAACAACGAGAAAGGUCAAGACUUUACUAACGGGUCUAAACCUAAUGAUACCAACAACACAGAGAACAACGAGGAGUUAUCUCCUUCAGAACGUCAAGAGCUUCAGAGCAAGAAGAACAAGCUCUUAACGAUGGUCGACGAGGUAGACAAAAGGUACAACCAAUACUACCAUCAAAUGGAAGCUUUGGCUUCGUCUAUCGAGAUGGGAGCUGGUGUUGGAGCAGCUAAGCCUUACACAUCGGUGGCACUGAACAGAAUCUCUCGCCAUUUUCGGUGUUUGAGGGAUGCGAUAAAGGAGCAGGUUCUGGUGAUUAGAGGGAAGCUUGGGGAGAAAGAGACGGCUGAAGAGCAAGGAGAGAGGAUACCGAGAUUGAGGUAUUUAGAUCAGAGGUUGAGACAACAGAGAGCUUUGCAUCAACAGCUUGGUAUGGUUAGACCUACUUGGAGACCACAAAGAGGCUUGCCUGAAAACUCUGUCUCUAUACUCCGUGCUUGGCUCUUUGAGCACUUCCUUCACCCAUAUCCUAAGGAGUCAGAGAAGAUCAUGCUUGCAAAGCAGACAGGACUAUCUAAAAACCAGGUUGCAAACUGGUUUAUUAACGCGAGAGUUCGGCUAUGGAAACCGAUGAUUGAAGAGAUGUAUAAAGAAGAGUUUGGAGAUUCAUCAGAGUUACUCUCAAACUCUAAUCAAGGCAGCAGCAGCAGCAACAAGAAGAACAGAAUGAAUGAAACAUCUCAGCUCAAACACGAAGACACUUCUUCUUCGCAACAACAAAAUCAUGGAAACAACAACAUUCCAUAUACAUCUGAUGCAGAAGAAAACCUUAUCUUUGCAGAUCCCAAACCAGACAGCUUGAUGAACUAUAACGGGUUUGGUGUGGUUGAUUACAAUGGCUACACUGGACUUGGUAACCAGCAAGAUGGCAGAUUCUCUAAUCCCCAUCAGUUACAUGAUUUUGUUGUCUGAAAAAAGUUUUUGAGCUUUCAUAAGCUCAGGAAAACUGGCAAUGCCAGUGAUUGGAUUCUUGAAGCGCAAGUAAAAGACGCUUCUAUAGAUAGGGGUGGUAUAUCUGUAAUGUUUGUGAUUAGAUUUUGUGAAACCUGUAGAUAGUCUUUUAUAUUUGUAUAUGGAAACUGAGCCUUGUAUACACUUGGUAAGCCAGUAUUGUAAUGUUUUUAUUUGUGUAUAAACAAAAUACUUUUCAAGCGUGAA